UUCUUUCAUGUCGAUUAAGCUGACUAUUGGUACUUUCAUUGAUUUCUUUGUGUGGUUGUCUUGCUACUGCUGCCACUCAAAACCUCCUCCAUAAAUAAAACUGAAAUUAUCAGUUUUAUUAUUAUUCAUAAACAUUUGUUUUUGUAUUCUGAUUAUAGUUGAGCUUUGUUUAAUGGCAUCUUCAGCAUACCCAGUUGCUGUUUUUCGUCAUGAACAAGGGGUUUAUUACAAGAGUUGUAAGGAUUUACGGUCAGUUGUACCCGUUGCUGGAUCAAGGCAGGAUAUGUUAAGAGCAGAUGGCUUGAAUCUCAUGCCAUUUCAUCCGCUUGAAGAUUCGCGCGGACAUAUGGGAUGGUCAUCGGAUUCUAAUCAGUAUGUCAAGCUUGAGCCUGCAAUGAGGAGACCUGUGCUUGUUGAUGUACGGCGCCAAGAUUCAGAAGCAAUCUUUAACUAUGGAAUUGCUGAACGGGACAGCACAGAACAUGAGAAGCACUCUCAGUUCUUCAUGUCAAGGUCUAGAGCAGCAGCAGAAGCAGAAAGAGAAGGUGCAAAUUCUCCUUUUGCAUAUCAUCUCAUGAGCCGACUUCAAGCACUGCCAAUCACAAUCAGCAUGCAUCCACGGCCACUAACUUUCUUGAGCGAUGAAGUUUCUGUUGAUGAUGUUGGAGCUUUUGAUCAGUUUCACCCUUCCCUUGUCUAUCCGGACAGAAGACUUUAUGCACUAAAUCCCCUCUCGGAUUUCGUUGGAGAUUUGUCCAGUGAUUCAAGAAUAAGUAUGCACCCAGAUGGUAGAGUAUUAUUCAGUGGAAGUGGGGUUGAGAUGAAAGAUCUAAGGUCUAUCAUUGCAGAGUUUAGCCUUUCAAGCACCUCAACCAAAAGAGGAGAACUGCCAUUUUUGGUCCCUCACUUUACUCGAUUGAUAACGGGUGAAGCAGCACGGGCAAAUGUUUGUGAAGCUCCUUUGAAGUUGGAAGCUGUGAUGGUUGCUCCUGCAAAGAGUCCGAAGAGAACCAAGAUAAAACAAUCCCCAACAAAGAGAUCAAACUGCAGGAAAGCAGGAAAUGAUGGAGAUAUACGGCAUAGAAGAAACGAUUUCCAAGCAUGUGAGAGCCUUCUAUCACUAAUUCUAGGAAAGCGACAAGGGAAGACUGCAAUCCAGUCUCUGAAGAAUUCGGCUCCAGAACUUCCUCAGCUGUUGACACAAUUCUCCUCUAGCAUCGCCGGCACUGGUCUUGUUGUAUUAUUAUAUGUUGUCUUCAAGGUUUUUCUUGGGAGAUUACCCUUCUGCACCUCAAAGAUGCUUAACACAGGAUUUGGGUUUGGCCUGGUUUGGCUGUCUUGGGCAGUUAACCAACUGAGAGAAAGUGUCAUCUCUAUUAGCAAGAAUCCAAACAAUAAGCUGGGGUUGCAAGAUGAAAAUUUGAUGAAGAAGGUGGACACAAGUGUUAACGAGAUUUUCUUUAGGGCGGCAAUGGUAAUGGCUGUAGCAGUGCUGAAGAUCGCUUGAGAAGAGGAGGAGUUGGUGCAUUAGUUCAGGGAUUUAUGGUGGUGCAGUUGAUGGUGUAACUAGUGGUUGUAUAGUGAGAUAUCAGAACUUAAAAAUAAUUAACAUGCAUAUCCCAUUGAAAUUUGAAUAUCCAAGUGUCAUUACAAAUUUUCUGGAAAGAAAAUUUCUGAAUCACAUUCAGUCGUGUUUGGU